UCGUCCUCGUCGGAGGUUUCACGAGCUGAGGAAAAAUCAAUCGCAGAUCUGUUUCACCAUCUGCAUUUCCAAAUUCCAAACAACUAUGGCGAUCCCCUCAGCUAACCUUCUGAUCUCCGCCCUGACGAUCUUCAUCCUCGUCUCCGCUUCCUUCGCGACCUCGGAAACGCCGUUCCUGGUGGUCCACAAGAAAGCGACUCUCAACAGGCUCAAAUCCGGCGCCGAGCGAGUCCUCGUCUCCUUCGACAUCUACAACCAAGGAUCUGCGACGGCGUAUGAUGUGACUCUGACUGAUAAAACGUGGAUUAAGAAAACUUUUGAACUUGUUAACGGAAACAAGUCAAGAACAUGGGAGAGACUUGAUGCAGGAGGUAUCGUGUCUCAUUCUUUCGAACUUGAGGCAAAGGUUAAAGGACCUUUCUAUGGUGCUCCUGCUCUUGUUACUUUCCGCGUCCCCACAAAGGCGGUUCUACAGCAAGCUUACUCAACUCCAAUACUACCUCUAAACAUCCUCGCAGACAUACCUCCAAUGGACCCGUUGGCCCUGGCCAAGAGGGUGCUGGCGAAAUAUGGAUCGCUUGUUUCAGUGAUCUCCAUGGUGGUUUUGUUCGUGUACUUGAUAGCAACACCUUCAAAGCCCAAUGCAGCAAAAGCUGGCAGCAAGAAGAAACGCUAAGUUCGUGUAAUGAAGUUCGGAGAGGUUGUUACUUUUGUUUUGUUGUGUCUAGCAGUUUAAAACGAAUUUUCAAAACAUGUAAGAAUCUUAGAACACACUUUAAUUUUCGUGUUGCAGAGUACUUUUCUUAUUAAGUUAUUUUGUUUUGCGUAAAAAGACUUCUCUUUGAGAGUAUAGUCAUGAAGGCCUCCUUUACUUUGA